UAGAAUUUUUGAAUUGUGCUUCAGUCGGUCAUUGAAAGUUUCCAGAAAAUGUCGGGUGCAGUGUUAAUAACUUUCUGCGUCUUGGUUGUUUUGACCGGACAAUCGGUUGGCCAAAAUGUGGCCGUGCAACAGUCGAUUGAUUGGGCCAAUGAACAGUUCAAAAUCGCUCAGGUUGUAGCCCAAGGAAAGCUACCCAAUGUGGCUGAGGCCCAGAACGAUGCCAAGGACCAACUGGACACUUUGAAACUGGCUUUAUCCCAUUGCGAGGCUGAGCUCAAAUCCACCCAAAAUGUCGAUCUUCACAAGACUUGUGUUAAGGCCGUGUUUGCUGGCUUUUAUACUGCUUUGGAUCGCUUGGCCGCGGAACACUGGCCCAUUUAUGGAGCCACCUCAGGAGCCUCUCGAAUUGGCUUCUUCUGCUGAUUAAAAAUAACAUACAAAUAAAUCAUCUUACAAAAUUUAACAGCAAAGAGGAAUAUUUUAGAAUCUCACUAAAGUGUUGCUAAAGAAAUGCCUACGAUCUUAAAAUGUUUCUCAAAACGACAGUUUUAUUAUGAAUUAAGUUAUACAUAUUGUGAAACUUUUCAGAAUAUUAAAAAGCCAAUAGAGUUGAUAAA